AGUCAGUCAACGGGUAGUCUUUUUUCUUUUCCCACAUUUAUACCCUCCAUGCCCACACAGACUCAACCAAGCAGCAGAAUCUGUUUCUCUGACCAGUAAUCUCCAAGUUCAAAGAUGCCAGCCAUUUUAUUUCCAAGUCUUCUUCUCGCUUUUUUCCUUGCAAAUUUUGCAUUCGUCGCAGCCAGAUUACCUGACGAUGAAUUGGAAGCCUUGCGAGACAUAGCGAAGACAUUGGGAAAGAAAAAUUGGAAUUUCAAUGUAGAUCCAUGCAGUGGAAAGUCGGAUUGGGUUUCAGACCCAAUCGAUCUAUAUGAAAAUAAUGUCACCUGCUCCAAUGACACCCCCCCUCAUGUCGUUAGCAUAGUGCUGAAGAAACAGAAUCUCCCAGGCACUCUCCCACCAGAGUUGGUCAGGCUUCCUUACCUUCAAACAAUUGACCUGUCUCUGAACUACCUCAAUGGCACAAUCCCUGCAGAAUGGGGUUCAAUGAAACUCGUCAAAAUUUCACUGGUUGGAAAUCGCGUAACGGGUUUGAUCCCACAAGAGAUAGGGAACAUACGCACUCUUCAGUAUUUCACUGUGGAGUUUAAUCAGCUAUCAGGAUCUUUGCCUCCAGAGCUUGGGAACCUACGCAGCAUUGAGUACCUUCAUCUUACCUCCAACAACUUUACUGGAGAAUUGCCAGCCACAUUUGCUAGGCUAACCUCUUUGAAAGACUUUCGGAUUGGUGACAACCAAUUCACAGGGAAGAUACCUACUUUCAUCCAAAACUGGACAAAUCUUGAGACGUUAGUAAUUCAAGCAAGUGGCUUUAUGGGUCCGAUUCCAAACAUAAGUGCAUUAGCAAAUCUAAUUGACUUGAGAAUCAGUGAUUUAAAUGGAAAUGAUCAAGAAGAGUUUCCACCACUUAAUAGUAUCAGUAUGUUAAAUAUGAAGACACUGAUGCUAAGGAGUUGCAAUAUCAUUGGAGAGCUACCUGAUUAUUUGAGGCAAAUGACAUCUUUGAUAAAUUUAGAUCUUAGCUUUAAUAGACUCAGCGGAGUAAUUCCUAGCAACUUUUCUACUCUUGCGGGCGUUAAUUACAUGAAUUUCUUCGCAAGCUCUUUAGGGACCAACGAGUUAGGGAUUGUUUCAUGCUUGAGAAGCUCUAAAUGUCAAAAAAAUACAUAUUAUCUCCAUAUUAAUUGUGGAGGAAGUGAAGUAACUAUAAAUGGAAAUACCACAUAUGAAGAUGAUAGAGAUCCAGCAGGACCUUCUAGAUUUUUUGAAGGUGGUGGCAAUUGGGCAUUCAGCAACACUGGUCACUUCUUGGAUGAUGACCGAAAUAUGGACAGCUUUAUCCGCAUAAACGAGUCUAUACUUUCCAUGAAAGAUUCACAACUAUACAUGAAUGCACGCCUUUCGGCCAUAUCUUUGACUUAUUAUGGAUUUUGUAUGGGUGACGGGAAUUACACUGUAAAUCUCCAUUUUGCAGAAAUAAUGUUUGGUGAUGGUAAAACAUAUAGCAGCUUAGGGAGGCGCAUAUUCAAUAUUUACAUUCAGGGCAAGCUGGUACAAAAGGAUUUCAACAUAGUGGAUGAAGCUGGAGGGGUUGGUAGGGCUAUCAUAAAAAAAUUUCCUACAGUUGUGACCAAUGGUACCUUGCAGAUUCGUUUAUAUUGGGCUGCAAAAGGAACAACAACCAUUCCUUCUAAAGGAGUUUAUGGUCCUCUUAUAUCAGCUAUAUCUGUCAAUCCUGAUUUUACACCUCCUGUGGAAAAUGGGGGCAGUACUGGUGUAUCUGUGGGCAUGGUGGUUGGAAUUUUGGUUGGAGUAGCAUUUGCUAUCAUUUUGAUUGCGGGUGUCCUUUGGUGGAAAUGCUACAUAAGACAGAAAAACACAUUAGAACAAGAUCUAAAAGGUUUGAAUUUGCAGAUGGUUUCUUUUAGUUUAAGGCAGAUUAAAGCAGCCACCAACAACUUUGAUCCUGCUAAUAAGAUUGGAGAAGGUGGUUUUGGUCCUGUUUACAAGGGCCAUUUGACAGAUGGUAAGUCUAUUGCUGUUAAGCAGCUAUCAGCCAAAUCAAAGCAAGGAAAUCGUGAGUUUGUUAAUGAAAUUGGCAUAAUUUCUGCUCUUCAACAUCCUCAUCUGGUCAAGCUAUAUGGGUGUUGUAUCGAAGGAAACCAACUCUUGCUAAUAUAUGAGUACAUGGAAAACAACAGCCUUGCUCGUGCAUUGUUUGGCCCAGAAGAAUGCCAAUUGAAAUUAGAUUGGCCAAUGAGACAGAAGAUAUGCAUUGGUAUAGCAAAAGGUUUAGCUUAUCUCCAUGAAGAAUCAAGGUUGAAGAUUGUGCAUCGAGAUAUCAAGGCUACCAAUAUAUUGCUUGAUAAGGAUCUAAAUCCAAAAAUAUCUGACUUUGGUCUAGCUAAGCUUAAUGAAGAGGAUAAUACCCAUAUUAGUACUCGCAUUGCUGGAACUAUGGGAUAUAUGGCUCCAGAAUAUGCAACACGGGGUUACCUAACUGACAAAGCAGAUGUUUAUAGUUUUGGAAUUGUAGGCUUGGAAAUUGUCAGUGGAAGAAGCAACACAAUUAGCAGAACAAAAGAAAAUAGCUUUUAUCUUAUUGAUUGGGCUCUUCUUUUGAAGGAAAAAGGAAGUUUGUUAGAAUUAGUUGACCCGAGACUGGGAUCUGACUACAACAAAAAGGAAGUAAUGACAAUGAUAAAUGUGGCACUACUAUGCACUAACCCUACUCCAGCUGCUAGGCCUAUUAUGUCUUCUGUGGUGAGCAUACUUGAAGGAAAGACUGCCAUUGAUGAGUUGGAUUUCUAAUCACUGGGGAAGUUCUAUCCGACUCUUGAAGAAAGAGCGAGUCAUGAGAACCGAACAGAGAGUAUGUCAAUAUAAUCUUUGCCACUUGUCCCUUCUUCAUCUGCAGCUAACUUCUAUCCUAUCAAUUUGAGCUCUUGUUAUUGGCAAAACAAAGAUUGAAAAAAGGAAAGCUCUACAAAUCAUUUUGAUUUUGACCCUGAAAACAUCUUUAAAUUAAUUUAGAUUUUAGAUUUGUUUGACUCUGUAGAACACAUGCUGUUAAAGCAUAGUCAAUGUUUAAACCAUUGUAUUAUAGUUUGGUAUAUUGGCAUAGAAGUUUAGAUAACGUAAAAACUAUAAACCACAUUGUGAAAA